AUGGCGGAAUACCUGCUACCAUGCAGUCGGAGCGAUCCAGAGCUGGACGCUUGUAUCAAGAGAUCUUUCAACCACUUGCGGCCGUACCUCGCGAGGGGUCUAACUGAUCUGGACGUUCCUCCCGUUGAGCCCCUCCUCAUAGAUCGGCUGGUGAUGGAGAAUAACGCUGGUCCGGUACGCGUGAGAGCCACAUUUAGCAACAUCACAGUUAUAGGACCGAGUAAUUACACUGUUACGAAAAUUAGGUCAGAUCUGAGCAAGCUACGAAUUGAUAUGGGUCUCGUUCUGCCUCGUAUUGAAGUAACUGGUCAUUACGAAGUCGCUGGACAAGUGCUGCUGUUUCCUGUACGGUCUCAGGGAGACUUCUGGGCAUCGUUCAACGACGUGGUCGCGAUUGUGAAGAUAUUCGGCAAGGAAAUCGAGCGACAGGAGGUGAAAUACAUGUCGGCGGAUCGCAUGCAGGUUGACUUUAAGCUUAAGAGUUCCCGUUUCAAGGUCAGAGAUACAGUCAACCACGGAAGUGUUAUUGGGGAGGCGAUGAACCAAUUCCUCAAUAACAACGCAGCUGAAAUUAUCGACGAGAUGAGACCAGCGGCGUCCGCAGCCAUCGCCAAGCACUUCCGUAUCUUCCUCAACGGUGCCUUCGAGAAAAUCCCCAUCAACGAGUGGCUCAAGCCUUAAACUGUGAUCCGUGUGAAAUUUGACUGUUGACCCAUGAGGUACGGAAUCUGAUGUAGCAUUUUAAUUAGUGAUAUACGUUUACGUGUGAUGUGAAAGUGUUGAUGUUUAAGAUUUAUUUAAGGCAAUAUUCAAUCACUUUUUUGGACUUUUUUUUUAAAUAUUAAUUAACUUAGUAUUCAUAAAAACUCGCAUCAGCCAUAAAUAUCGAUAAUUAUUAUGUUCUGACAAAUAUCAGUAUUCUUGAUAAUAUGUUUUAACUUAAUUUAAAAAUCAGUCAAUUGAAGAGUCUAUCAGAGACACUUGAAACAUUUUAAAAGAGCUUAUACUCUAUCAUAUUAAGCUUUAUUAUUUAUUUAGCUAAGUAAGGCUCUUAGUGUACUUUAAUUAAUUUGUAUUAUUAAAAUGAUAAUCUGAUUUAUAAGAAACUUGUGUAACUGAUGUGAUUAUAGAAAUAAGCUAUAAACGAUUUUAGAUUAACAUGGUUACUUCCAUUACUAAAACUAUUCAUAAACGAUAUAUUUACCAUUUUUACAAGAGAAGUCUCGUGAACAAGACAUUCGCAGUUAAUGUCGAAAUAUCGAGCUCCGCAAAAUGAAAAUAGAAAACAUGGUAAAUAUUCCGUUUAUGGAUAGUUUUAGUAAUAAGAUAUAAAAUAAACAUUUUGAAAAUACACCUUAUAAUAUUACGUUGGUUUUAUUUCGAUAUUUCGUUUACGAUGCAAUAAAUAAUUAUUCACAUUUAUCAUAUUAUUAGGACAUUAAUAUUUGACUUAACGCUAAUUUUCUAUUUACAGUAAUAAAUAUCUUAUUCAAUAA